UAUCGCAGUACAGUCGUUCAAACGAAUUUACAAACAUGAGCGGAAGAGGUAAAGCUGGAAAAUCGAAGGGAGGUAAAUCCAAGACCAGGUCGUCACGUGCCGGACUCCAGUUUCCGGUCGGUCGUAUCCACCGUCUGUUGAGAAAAGGAAACUAUGCCGAACGCGUCGGAGCCGGAGCACCCGUUUACUUGGCCGCCGUCAUGGAAUAUUUGGCGGCUGAAGUCUUGGAAUUGGCCGGUAACGCUGCCCGUGACAACAAGAAGUCUCGUAUCAUUCCCAGACACUUGCAAUUGGCCAUCAGGAACGACGAGGAGUUGAACAAAUUGUUGUCCGGUGUUACCAUCGCUCAAGGCGGUGUGUUGCCCAACAUCCAAGCGGUACUAUUGCCAAAAAAGACCGAAAAAAAAGUCUAAAACUUCAAUUACUAAAUUUAUCAG